CAUCGCAACUCGCCGGAGUGUGAAUGUUUUCUUUUCGGGUACCGCAUUAAAAGAAAUAUAAAUUGUGAUUUUCGUGGCGAAAAUACGCGUUUAAUUUGCCCAAGUGUUUGGCCCGCGAGCCACGCCAGCCGCCAUCAUGUCCACAUGCAUCGAAAUUCCGCUGCAGGACACGGACGAGGUUAUCGAGGUGGAUCCGGAUCAAUUGCCAGAAUGCUCGGAAGUGUUUAGCAUUCUGCUGCAGGAGCGUGCUCCACUGCACGUCUGGGUUAAUGUGGCUUUGGCUUACUACAAGCAAAAGAAGACUGAUGACUUCAUCACGCUACUGGAGGCAGCACGUGAAAAGGGCACCAAGGACUACCGUGAUUUUAAAACGGAUCAAAUGCGUGCCCUCGACAUGUUGGCCGCCCACUACGUGCAGGAGGCGUAUCGCGAAAAGUCCAAGGAUAAGAAGCGCGAGCUCUUCAUGAAGGCCACCAAUCUGUACACGAGUGCGGACAAGAUUAUUAUGUACGAUCAAAGCCAUUUGCUCGGCCGUGCAUACUUCUGUCUGCUUGAGGGCGAUAAAAUGGAUCAGGCAGAUGCUCAGUUCAAUUUUGUGCUGAAUCAGUCGCCCUCGAAUAUUCCAUCGCUGCUGGGCAAAGCGUGUAUUGCGUUCAAUCGCAAGGAUUAUCGCGGUGCCAUGGCAUUCUACAAGAAAGCACUGCGAACGAAUCCCAAUUGUCCGGCCAAUGUGCGCAUUGGCAUGGCGCAUUGUUUCCUCAAGAUGGGCAAUGCCGAGAAGGCCAAGCUGGCAUUUGAGCGUGCUCUGCAGCUGGAUCAGCAGUGUGUGGGCGCCUUAAUUGGUCUGGCGGUUUUGAAGCUCAAUCAACUGGAGCCCGAGUCCAAUAAACUCGGUGUGCAGAUGCUGUCGAAGGCCUACACUAUUGACAAUGCCAAUCCUAUGGUCUUGAAUCAUUUGGCUAAUCAUUUCUUCUUCAAAAAGGACUAUCAGAAGGUGCAUCAUCUGGCUCUGCAUGCUUUCCACAACACGGAGAACGAGGCGAUGCGUGCCGAGAGUUGUUAUCAACUGGCGCGCAGUUUUCAUGCCCAGAGCGAUUACGAUCAGGCUUUCCAGUACUAUUAUCAGUCCACGCAGAUUGCGCCGGCCAACUUUGUGCUGCCCCACUAUGGACUGGGCCAGAUGUACAUCUAUCGCGGUGACACAGAGAAUGCUGCUCAGUGCUUCGAGAAGGUGCUGAAGAUUCAGCCAGGCAACUACGAGACUAUGAAGAUUCUGGGCUCACUAUAUGCGCACUCCAAUUCGCAAACCAAGCGCGACAUGGCCAAGACCCAUCUUAAGAAGGUCACCGAACAGUUUCCUGAGGACAUCGAAGCCUGGAUUGAAUUGGCCCAGAUCUUGGAGCAGAAUGAUCUGCAAGCCUCGCUUAAUGCCUAUGGCACUGCGUCCAGCAUUUUGCGAGACAAAGCCAAGUAUGAGAUUCCGGCGGAAAUUCAAAACAAUGUCGCUUCUCUGCACUAUCGUUUGGGCAAUCUGAAAAUGGCCAAGGAUACGUUGGAGUCGGCGUUGCAACAUGCCAGCUCCGAGAUGGAUAAAGAUGUCAAGUACUACGAGUCCAUUCAGGUCACGAUGAAGUACAAUUUGGCACGCUUAAACGAGGCCAUGAGCAGCUUUGAUGUGGCCGAUAAAUUAUACAAGGAGAUUCUCCAGGAGCAUCCCAAUUACAUUGAUUGCUAUCUACGUUUGGGUUGCAUGGCUCGCGACAAAGGUUUAAUCUUUGUGGCCUCCGAUUUCUUCAAGGAUGCGCUGAACAUCAACAAUGAUAAUCCCGAUGCUAGAUCAUUGUUGGGCAAUUUGCAUUUGGCUAAAAUGCAGUUUGCUCUCGGCCAAAAGAACUUUGAAACUAUAUUGAAGAAUCCGGCAACAGCUUCGGAUGCGUAUUCGUUGAUUGCGCUAGGCAAUUUCUCGCUGCAAACGCUGCAUCAGCCCAGUCGCGACAAGGAGAAGGAACGCAAGCAUCAGGAGAAGGCGUUGGCCAUUUUCAAGCAGGUUCUCCGCACUGAUCCACGUAACAUUUGGGCCACCAAUGGCAUUGGCGCCGUCCUCGCCCACAAGGGAUGCGUCAUUGAGGCGCGUGACAUCUUCGCCCAGGUGCGUGAAGCCACCGCGGACUUCUGCGACGUGUGGCUGAACAUUGCCCACGUCUAUGUGGAGCAGAAGCAAUACAUUAGCGCCAUUCAGAUGUACGAGAAUUGCAUGAAGAAGUUCUACAAGCACAACAACGUCGAGGUGAUGCAGUACCUCGCUCGUGCCUAUCUCCGCGCCAACAAGCUGGUCGAGGCCAAGGCUGUGUUGCUGAAGGCGCGUCGCGUUGCGCCCCAGGAUACGGUGCUGCUGUUCAACAUUGCUGUGGUGCUGUCGCGCCUGGCCAUGGCCAUACUUAAGGAUGAGAAGUCCACACUGGAAGUGGUGUUGCAGGCGGUGCAUGAACUGGAGCUGGCGCACAAGUAUUUCCAAUACUUGUCGGUGCAUGGAGACAAGACGCGCUUCAACAUCGAAGUGGCUGCCGUGGAGGCCAACACGUGUCAGGAUCUGUUGUCGCAGGCGCAGUAUCAUGUGGGACGCGCUCGUCGUAUCGAUGAGGAGGAGCGCACGCUGCGACGUCGCCAAGAGGAGGAGCGUGAAGCCUUCAAGUUGAAGGUGGCGGAGCAACGCAAGCGUCGCGAGGAGGAAGCAAAGACAACAAAAGAUCAAUUGCUGGCCAAGCGACAGGAGUACGUGGAGAAGACCAAGAAUUUGCUGAUCAUUGCGGAUGCACCUACCGAAAAGGAGCGCAAAAAGGGCAGCGGACGACCGCGCAAGGAUGACUACAUUUCCGGCACCGACAGCGGAGAUGGAGGUGGCGGUGGCGAAGGUAAUGAACGUCCAGCGAAGAAGAAGAGCAAAGGGGAGCGCAAGAAGGGAAGUGGUGGACGCAAGCGCAAGACGGAGAAAUAUGAGAGCGAUAGUGAGGAGGAAUCCGGUGGUCGUGGUGGCGGCGGUGGCGACAAGAAGCGCAAGAAGAAGAAGCAGCAGGCAGCCAAGGCCGCCAAGGAGUCGAAGGAGAAGUUGUCGGGCAAGCAGCGGCUCAAGAUUGUCUCCAAGGAGACCAUCUCGACCAGCGAGUCGGAGAGCGACGGCAAGCGUAGCAGAAGUCGCAGCAGGAGUAGGAGCAAGUCCGGCAGUCGCUCGGGCAGCGCCAGUGGCAGCAAUCGCAGUCGCUCCGGCAGCCGGAAGAGCGGCAGUCGUAGCCGUAGUCGCAGUGCAAGUGGAAGUGGCAGCGACCGGGGACGCAAGCGCAGCCGGAGUCGCAGUGGCAGCGGCAGUGAAAGCGAUGGCGUCGCUCAGCGCAAGCGUGCCAAGAAUCGCAUUGAAUCUGGUGGCGAAUCGGAUCGUUCGCGUUCCAAGUCACGUUCGCGAUCACGCUCCAAAUCCGGCUCUCGUUCCCGUUCUCGUUCACGCUCCAAGUCUGGCUCUCGGUCGAAGUCGGGCUCCCGUUCACGUUCUCGCUCCCGUUCUGGCUCCAAGUCGCCAUCUCGUUCACGUUCUCGUUCGCAUUCACGUUCCCGCUCCAAGUCGAAGUCGAAGUCCAAAUCCAGGUCACGUUCACGCUCUGGUUCCGGCUCCCGAUCGCCGUCACGCUCCCGUUCCGGAUCGCCGGCCAGCAAUUGAUAGCUGAUUGAUGCCCCAAUCCUUUCUUUGUACAAUUUCAAAAUGCAAAUGUUAAAUGAAGCAACUGCAAAAGACUUGCAAUGCAAUUAAAGAUACAAACAACAAGUUAA